CUGCAAAUAACGGAUUAUGAUGCUUUAUGAAAAAAAGGAAGUAUAUAAUUCCCCUUUUUUUGAUCCAGUUUGACAAGCAGUAGUCUAAAAAUGACAGGAUAAUAAUGUUAUGUCCAACCAACGAAAAUGCUUAUAUCUGGGGUACAAGAAAAAAAAAGUGGACGGCACUAAGAGCGUACAUUGAUCCGUCAGCUGCAUUUGAUUGGUAGAAAAGAAUAAACCUCUCAUAGCGCCGCAAUGGACGUGGCUUCGAGAUGGAUGACAGCAACUGUUCUUCUGUCAUUGAAAUCUUCGGUGGCUUCAAAUGAUUGUUGCAAGAUUAUCAUUGGCCCAUGGGGAAACCCCACUGUGUCGGGGUUUCACUCUGAUGGAUUGAAAAGCUCCAACUGACUCAUCCCUUGAGUCUGCUUUUUCUUUACCCGGCUUGUUUUUUCAUUGAAACGACAUGUGUGGAAUCUCGGCUGUGAUCUUGGCAGACCAAAGCGGGUCAGCCUGCCCUGAUCUAUUUGAGAGUUUAGGACUCUUGCAGCAUCGUGGACAAGAUGCUGCUGGUAUUGUGACGUCUGGACCUAAAGGUCGUUUAUCCCAGUGCAAAGGAAACGGUAUGGUGAGAGAUGUCUUUGACGAGCAGCAGCUGUCACGCCUUAUCGGCCACCUCGGUAUCGGUCACGUUCGCUAUCCUACGGCCGGUUCCUCCUCCAUGUCUGAGGCUCAGCCUUUCUACGUCAACUCUCCCUACGGUAUCGUGUUUGCCCAUAACGGCAACUUGACCAAUGCCCGUGAGAUUCGUACCUUCUUGGACAAAGUAGCACAUCGUCAUAUUAACACUGAUUCCGAUUCGGAACUCCUCUUGAACAUUCUUGCUAAUAACUUGCAAAAGACUGGAAAAUUCAGAGUGAAUGAAGAAGAUAUCUUUACCGCCAUCAAGGAUUUAUAUCUUCAGAUCAAGGGUGGUUAUGCUUGUGUUGCUAUGGUCGCUGGUUACGGUAUCAUUGGUUUCCGUGAUCCUCAUGGUAUUCGGCCCCUUGUGCUUGGUCGCCGUCGCAGUGUGGCCGGUUGGGAUUAUAUGUUCGCGUCGGAAAGUGUCGCCUUGGAUGCCUUGGGCUUCACGGAUGUUCGCGAUGUCAAUCCAGGUGAAGCAGUCAUCAUUACCGAAAAGAAUGUGGCACAUCGUCAACUCAUCCAGUGUGACUACAUGGCCCCCUGUAUUUUCGAGUACGUCUACUUUGCCCGCCAAGAUAGUAUUAUCGAUGGCAUCUCUGUAUAUAAGUCCCGUCUUGCUAUGGGAGAAGCAUUGGCCGAUCAAGUGAUCAAAUCCUUUGGUAACAAGAUGGAUAUCGAUGUGAUCAUUCCGGUUCCCGAUACUAGUCGUGUGGCGGCUCUUCAAUUAUCACGAAAGCUCGGUGUCGAAUACCGUGAAGGUUUCAAUAAGAAUCGCUACGUUGGUAGAACCUUUAUCAUGCCUGGUCAGCAAACGCGACGUAAAAAUGUUCGUCGCAAGUUGAACGCCAUGGCUUUGGAAUUCCACGGAAAGAAUGUAUUGCUCGUCGACGACUCUAUUGUGAGAGGUACCACAUCCAAAGAAAUCAUCCAGAUGGCUCGCGAUGUUGGUGCCAAGAACGUUUACAUUGCUUCCUGCGCCCCUGCUAUUCGAUACCCUAAUGUAUAUGGCAUCGAUAUGCCAACCAGAAGCGAACUCGUGGCUCACAACCGUACCGAUGAGGAAAUCGCCGCUGAGAUCGGUGCCGAUAAGGUGGUUUAUCAAUCCAUUGAAGAUUUGGUCAAGUGCGUCCGACGUUUCAAUCCCAAUAUCGAAACCUUUGACACAUCGGUGUUUGAUGGUCGUUAUGUCACUGGUGAUGUCGAUGACGAAUAUCUCAGCCAUCUUGAAGGUGAACGCAACGAUGACUGCAGAUCCCGAGCAAGUUUCGACAGCGAAAGCGUCGGUUUACAUAAUAACUUUUACGGACAUUGAGUGUCUGAAUGAUUCACUAUAGAGUUGCUGGUUUUUUCCCUUCAAAAUCCUACCGCAAAGAGAAAAUAAAACAUCAUAAUUUGUAUACACUGCUAACUAUAACUCUCCUUCAAUUAUAUCUUUCUCUGUAUUAAUCUGCAAGAAGGUUAUCAAAUUAGUUUUGCUCUCAGUAUGUAAUGGUCCCUUGUCAUUCAACAGUAUAGUAUGCAUUUUGCAAUUCAAACUAUUUGGGCAAAACUUGGUAUGAGUGAAG